AUGCCGGCCCUCCUGCUCCUCGGGACCCUCGUGCUCCUGGCCUCCACCGCCGGCCAGGCCGGGGCGCGCCCGUCCAACGCCACGAGCGCCGACCCCCCCGGCCCGCUGCCCGCCCUGUUAGCGCACCUGCGGCGCCUGACCGGGGCGCUGACGGGCGGCGGGGGCGCGGCGGGCCCGGGCGCCAACGGCACCAGGACCAGCCCCGCAGGCGGCCCCGGCGCAGCAGCCCGGGCGCCGCCUCCUGCCGAGCUCUGCCAUGGCUACUACGAUGUCAUGGGCCAGUACGACGCCACCUUCAACUGCAGCACGGGCUCCUACCGCUUCUGCUGCGGAACCUGCCACUACCGCUUCUGCUGCGAGCACCGCCACAUGCGCCUGGCGCAGGCCUCCUGCUCCAACUACGACACGCCGCGAUGGGCCACGACGCCGCCGCCGCUGGCCGGGGGCGCGGGGGGCGCCGGGGGCGCGGGCGGGGGCCCAGGGCCAGGCCAGGCCGGGUGGCUGGAAGGGGGCCGUCCUGGGGGUGCGGGGGGACGAGGGGGCGAGGGCCCUGGAGGCAGCACCGCCUAUGUGGUGUGCGGGGUCAUCAGCUUCGCCCUGGCCGUGGGCGUCGGAGCCAAAGUGGCCUUCAGCAAGGCGUCCCGCGCGCCCAGGGCGCACCGCGAGAUCAACGUGCCCAGGGCCCUGGUGGACAUCCUGAGGCAUCAGGCGGGGCCUGGAACCCGUCCGGACCGGGCCCGAAGCAGCUCCCUGACCCCAGGGACUGGGGGUCCCGACAGCAUGCCCCCCAGGACGCCCAAGAACCUCUACAGCACAGUGAAGCCCCCCAACAUCGAGAAUCUGCACCACAACUACCUGCACCUCAGCGCCAACAGCCCCACGCACCGAGCCGCCAUGCUGGACUGGAGGGCCCUGCCACCACCCAGCCCCUCCCUGCACUACUCCACGCUGUCCUGCUCUCGCUCCUUCCACAACCUCUCGCACCUGCCCCCGUCCUAUGAGGCUGCUGUGAAGUCGGAACUGAACCGCUACUCCUCCCUGAAGAGGCUGGCCGAAAAGGACUUGGACGAGGCCUACCUGAAGCGCCGGCACCUGGCCGAGAUGCCCCGCGGGACGCUGCCCCUGCACGCGCUGCGGCGACCCGGCACUGGAGGCGGCUACCGCAUGGAGGGCUGGGGUGGCCCGGAGGAGCUGGGCCUGGCGCCCGCGCCCAACCCGCGGCGGGUCAUGUCCCAGGAGCACCUGCUGGGCGACGGAGGCCGGGCCUCGCGCUACGAGUUCACGCUGCCUCGCGCGCGCCUCGUGUCGCAGGAGCACCUGCUCCUCUCCUCGCCUGAGGCCCUGCGACAGAGCCGCGAGCACCUGCUGUCGCCCCCGCGCAGCCCAGCGCUGCCCCCCGAGUCGGCCCCCCGGGCCAGCCUGGCGGCCUCACACUCCAACCUGCUGCUGGGGCCGGGGGGGCCCCCGACGCCGCUGCACGGGCUGCCGCCCUCCGGCCUGCACGCCCACCACCACCACGCCCUGCACGGCUCGCCGCAGCCCGCCUGGAUGUCCGACGCCGGGGGCGGGGGCACGCUGGCCCGGAGGCCGCCCUUCCAACGCCAGGGCACCCUGGAGCAGCUGCAGUUCAUACCUGGCCACCACCUGCCCCAGCACCUGCGCACUGCCAGCAAGAACGAGGUGACUGUCUGA